AUGAAGUUCAACGUUGCGAAUCCCACCACUGGAUGCCAGAAGAAGCUGGAAAUCGAUGACGACACGAAGCUUCGUGCAUUUUGGGACAAGAGGAUCUCACAGGAGGUUCUUGGUGAUGCUUUGGGCGAGGAGUUUAAAGGAUAUGUUUUCAAGAUUACUGGUGGCUGUGACAAACAAGGAUUCCCAAUGAAGCAGGGUGUGUUGACACCUGGCCGUGUUAGACUCUUGCUCCACAGAGGCACUCCUUGUUUCCGUGGACACGGAAGGCGUAAUGGAGAGCGUAGAAGAAAGUCUGUUCGUGGAUGCAUUGUCAGCCCUGACCUAUCUGUUUUGAACUUGGUAAUUGUGAAGAAAGGUGACAAUGAUUUACCAGGUCUAACUGAUGUUGAGAAGCCAAGGAUGAGAGGUCCUAAGAGAGCAUCCAAAAUCCGCAAGCUGUUCAACCUGUCAAAGGAAGAUGAUGUGCGGAAAUAUGUCAACACCUAUCGUCGUACUUUUACCACCAAAGCUGGGAAAAAGGAGAGCAAAGCUCCCAAGAUACAACGUCUUGUCACACCUUUGACACUCCAAAGGAAGCGAGCAAGAAUUGCAGAUAAGAAAAAGAGAAUUGCCAAGGCUAAAUCAGAGGCAGCAGACUAUCAGAAACUCCUUGCAUCCAGAUUGAAGGAGCAGAGGGACCGCCGAAGUGAGAGCUUAGCGAAGAAGAGGUCUAGACUAUCCACUGCUACCAAGCCAACUGCCACAGCAUAG